CGUCAUUGUCCGCGCAACGCGACAUCGCGUGGAUCGAUCGAUGGUGGCUCGGCAUUGUCCAACAUGCCUCCGCUGCGACAACCUGGUACCGCUGCCAUGGCGACCGUGCUUGAAAAGGUGAUGCGCCAGCUGUGGGACCUUGACGACGCGCGCGACAAUUCGUGCACUGUGGCCCCACCAGUCACCCCCCAAGAGGCUCAAGAGUUCGUCGAUGCCAUCGCAGACAUGCUGCGGCAGUCCGGCGCCGACUACGACCAGUGCGACUGGAUGAGCGACGUCGACGAGUACCUGGAGUCCGAAUGGUACACGCUAGAGAGCAUAUAAGCGGCGUGGAAUCAAUCUUAUUUAACUGUCGA